AGUGUAUGGUUUUUAGUUUAGCUGUUGCAGAAGCAUUUGAAUGAAUCGGCCGCAUUCAAAUCGAGAUAAAUUUCCCCAACCAAAUUCACAAUAACGUAACACGGUGGUGAUCUAUUCGUCGGGGGCGUAUUCAAAUAGAGCCACUGUACUGCGAUUUAGCUGCAAGCAACGUGAGUUGAGGACGGGGUGGCUUGGUCACAUUAUGCCCCUAAUUGCAUGCGAUUGUGACUGGUGUGCCUGGUUGGGUGCGUGCUUGCUCUGCCCUCAUGCUGGCAUGAGCCCGCUGAUCACAUGAAAGGCUUACAGUGUGCUUGCUUGCUGCUGCCACGGCUGGUGGUCAUGCUUCACGCUGGGUUACUGGCAGCUGGCUCAGUGGUCUGGGAAGAGAGAAGAUUCCACAGAGGGCCAGGAGAGAGCCAAAAACCAUCGUUGUCUUUCUCGACUCUCAGCCGGAAAACAUCUCCCAGCCGGACAACUUCUGAUGACGUUAAAUAUUUGAAGAUACUUCGUCACUUUGGCUCUGAAUUUCUCCCUCAUCCUCACCAAGAAUUAUGUGCGGAUCUGCAGAUUUAAAUGACAUUUAUCCCGCGACAUAAUACGCUGCAAACACUGCACGAUGGAAACACCACUGUCUCUGAACAAGUACAUCCAAGAUAUUUGUUGCACUCAAUCCUACAAUGAUUUCAUGGCAGCUUACAACAUCAACAGGGCUGCAAUCUGCGACCGGGCCAAGCAAAGUGCCACUGAGCAUGCCAAGGAGGAGGAGGAUGCUGAGUGUGCACAGCAUGCGCUUAAAAGCAUAGGGCUGCUGUGUACAGUCCCCUCGGCAUUUCCUCACUGCAGUGAGCAUGAAGUGUGGGCCGAUGGCUCCACACGGGCUCAGGAGGCAUGGCCAGUGCUGGAAUCGAUUGAUCCUGCCGAUGAUCGGCAGCUGCUAAGUGCUGCCCCGUCAGACAGUGCAAUGGGAAAUCAGGAUGGGAAGCCGCUCGGAGUCAGCGCUGAUGCGACGGGAAGGCGGCGCUUGGAUGAGAUGGCAGAAGUGGCGGGUGUACAGGUAGGUUACGCCAGUGCGCUGGAUUCUAAACGUGCGGACGAGUUGCAGGGGAUGGGAAGUAACAAACAGCACUCGGCGGGUGACACUGUAGGAUCGACAGCUUUUUCUGCGAUUUGUAAAUGCAGAUCUGUGGCCGAUGGCCGAAGUGGCGUAGCUGUGCUCCAUAGUGCGAGGGAAGCACGGGGAAUAAUGCGUACGCACACCGAGCAAGCUCUGACAUUUAUCACCCUUGGCGAAGGAGAUGGCAGCAGGCUCGCUCCUGUGAAUGAUACAGUUUCAUCAGCUGGGCAAAACUGUGACCUGGUGAAGUGCACAGGUCGGCACGUAGACAACGCCAAAUAUUUAACCUCAUUUUAUGAUGUUGAUCUUCAUAAUGGUAAUUUCAAGCCGGAUCAUAAACGAGCAGUGUGUACCAAAGGAUCGUUGAAUAACAACAGUGUUUUGGUAAAUGUCCAGAAGGCUAUGUUAAAACAUGAGCCACUGCAGGGAACUUUAAAAGCAGAGGAUUAUUCAAAAGAAGGAAUUUUGAAAGAAACCGAGGAACCACAUCUACUGUUCAGAAACCCAGGUUACUAUAAUUACGGAGAACACUUUCCAUCAGAUUACAAACCUGGCAAGAUAGACAUUUCUGAUGAAUUGAGGGAUCACCAUUAUGAAAAGAUACAAGAAGUCCCUUCAUUUUCAAGUGACCAUCAAAAACAGGAACACGAGUUUAGAGAUUGGUGUGGUGAAGAUAACGGUCGGCUUGAAUAUUUGUCAUCUUUCAAACCUAAAACACAAAACAAAGCGCAGGAAAUUUGCUCAGCGAAAACCAAGUGUCCGCAGAUGGGUGUGCAUGGUCAUGAUUUUUCUGAGUUGCUGGAUACCGACAAACAGGAAACCACAUGCGAUUUAGAUGUCAAGCUGCCCGCUCGAGAUGUUUCUCCAGAAUACGCUCCAUCAGAACUGGAAUCUGACCAACCGAGUGGCGUGAAAAUGAGGACAAAGACGUGGGCCGAAUCCAGUCCCAAGCUGGAAUUUUGUGACUUGAACAGCUUCUGUCUUCAUCACGACUCGCCGACACGAAGCCCUUGCCUGCACAGUACCGUCGUGCACAGAAGGCACAUCAACACACAGUACCCGAUCACCACCACUCGACAACUGAGCUCCCCGGUGGCGUCCCCAGUUCUGUCGCCCAUGCACAGCCCUCUUCGGUCAAGCCAAGAGCACGGCCUCUGCACCGACGCAAUCCUCAUGCACAAUCACGAGUCGAAGGUGCGCAAGCUUGCCAAGUCGUGGGAUAUGACGGCCCUCAAGAAUUCAGAAGUCAGUCGUUCUGCCGACUGGACCGAGGAGACGAUGAGUCUGAAACAGAGACAGGAGAAGCUGCAGAAAGCUGGGUCCAUGGAUGCCCUUUCCUGGGGUAAAGGCGAUCAGAGCAGUGACGUUUUGCGUGGCAAAAUGCGUCUGGAUCCCAAAGAACCUGCGCAGCCUCUAGGCUGCAAUGCAGAAUUCACAGGGAGGGCGCUGUUGGAAUGGGUUAUCCGUUCGAUCCCCGAUGGAGAUGUUAUCAGCUCUCAGGAGAAACAGGAAGAGGCUCGCAGACUCUGCUCGAAGCUCCUGCACGCUGGGCUUCUCUGCGUAGCGAGGCGUUCACCAGAGCUGAAAUCCACAACGUUUUCUGCAGAAAAUUCACCACCUUUUCAGGCAGAGGAGCUGUAUGCCUGGGCGGCUGUGGGUGGUGAGAGAAGAGCGGCUUGGGACGACAGCCCUCCGCAGAGACUGCAGGCAGGCUGGCCUUCAUUCAAGUCCGGAGAAGCUUCUUCCGCCCAAGCUGACUCGGCGCAUUUGGUGGAAGAAUAUCGAAAGAAAAUCCUUCGAAUGAAGCAGAAGCACGAGGGGGCUGUGUCACGUGCAGAGAGAAUACACGAAUGUAGAGUCUUUCACUUGAAUGGAGAGCAUACAAGGGAGCUCACGAGGCUGGAGCAUAAGAUCACGGACUUGAGGAGAAGGAUUUCUGAGCUGGCCGACAUCAACAGCAAUUGCCUGGGACGUCACGGCACCGUGAGGGACGCGGCCGCCCACGCGGAGGCCCACGGGACACAGGGCAUGAACGCUCAGACGCAGACGGAUGCGACGGCGCACGCGACGAAGAUGUCCGAGACAAGAUCGGUUCAGACAUCUCCCGAAAAGAUGGUUUCCCCGCUCGGCACGCUAUUCUACGGCGAAGAGCCCUCGAGGGCGAACGCGGCGUGCUCUCCGCAGGCCGAGAACACCCCGAGACCAAAGUCGUGCUUCCAGGCUAAAGUAUCGCGUAAAGUCGGCCCGCCUGCUUCAUUUCCCUUCUACGAACCCUCGCCUAAGUCGGCCCCAAAAAUGCCCAAGGCAGGGGGCUCUAACACAUCUCCACCUUUGCCUGCGGUCGACAAUGUAAAUUCCACAACUUGUGGAGACCCAAAGCUUCCUCAUCCACUUCCUACAGACUGCUGCCUCCCAGCUAUGUCUGAAGGCUCCAUUCCUCUCCCCCCUUCUUUUAUUCCUCCAACUAUUCCUGUGGAUUUGAUUCCUUCGCCUCCUCACGGUCCUCCACCUCCUCCUCCCCCUCUUCCUCCUCUGCUGCCUCCUCUUCCUGGGGGCUCCAUUCCUCCACCUCCCCCUCUUCCUCCUCUUCCUACGGGUUUCAUCCCUCCUCCUCCACCUCUUCCUCCUGUUCCUUUGGGCUUCGUCCCUCCUCCCCCUCCUCCUCCACCUCUUCCUGGUGGCUUCAUCCCUCCUCCUCCACCUCUUCCUGGUGGCUUCAUCCCUCCUCCUCCACCUCUUCCUCCUGUUACUUUGGGCUUCGUCCCUCCUCCCCCUCCUCCCCCUCCUCCCCCUCCACCUCUUCCUGGAGGCUUUAUCCCUCCUCCUCCACCUCUUCCUGGAAGCGUUAUCCCUCCUCCUCCACCACUUCCUGGAGGCUUCAUCCCUCCUCCACCACCUCUCCCUGGCGGCCAUAUCCCUCCUCCUCCACCUCUUCCUGGAAGCGUUAUCCCUCCUCCUCCACCACUUCCUGGAGGCUUCAUCCCUCCUCCACCACCUCUCCCUGGCGGCCAUAUCCCUCCUCCUCCACCUCUUCCUGGAAGCUCCAUCCCUCCCCCUCCUCCACCUCUUCCUGGAAGCUCCUUCCAUCCUCCUCCUCCUCCACCACUUCCCGGUGGCUGCAUCCCUCCCCCUCCCUUUCCACCUCCGCCCCCUGGAGUGUCUGCCCCGCCGCUCCUCGCUCACCCGGGUGCCUUGUCAAGUGCGUCGCACGACGGCGUUGGCUUCCCGCACAGAGGAGGGCAUCAGGCGGCAUUCCCGCACGGCUUGGCGCUGCAGCGGCCCUCUGUGGAGCCGCACCUUCCGAUGAAACCGCUGUACUGGGUGCGCGUUCAGCUCAGAGAUAGAAGGUCAGAUACCGCAAAGACCAUCUGGGAUGGUUUGGAUGAGGCAAAGAUAAAUCCUUUGGAGUUCGAAGAACUUUUCUCCAAAAAAUCCGUGAAAGAGAAAAAGAAGCCGCUCUUCGACGUGUUCAGCAAAAAGUCUAAAACCAAGCAAGUCACUAAAAUCUUGGAUGGCAAGCGAUCUCAAGCUGUAGGAAUUCUAAUGUCCAGCAUUCACCUUGAAAUUAAGGACAUUCAACAUGCUGUGCUUCAGUUGGACAGCUCCCUGGUGGAUCUGGAGACUCUGCAAGCUCUAUACGAGAAUAGAGGUGAAAAGGAAGAACUGGGAAAGAUUGUGCAGUUUGUCACGUCUAAACAGGGCGCGGAGGACACACGGCAGCUGGAUAAGCCUGAACAGUUCCUGUACGAACUGUCGCAGAUUCCCUGCUUUUUUGAGCGGGUUUUCUGCAUCGUCUUCCAGUCCACGUUUACGGAGCACAUCAAGUCCAUACACUGCCGGCUAGAGCUGGUGCAUCGCAACAGCAAGCUGCUGAAGACCAGCGCCGGAGUCCACAAAGUGCUGAGCCUCAUUCUUACCUUCGGGAAUUACAUGAACGGCGGCAACAGGACCCGCGGCCAGGCCGACGGAUUUGCGCUGGAAAUUUUACCCAAACUCCGCGACGUGAAGAGCAACGACAAUCGCAUUAGUCUAGUCAACUACAUCGUGGCUUAUUACCUGCAGAACUUCGACGAGGACGCUGGGACAGAGCGGAGCAUAUUCCCACUGCCAGAGCCACAGGAGCUGCUCCAGGCUGCCCAGGUCAAGUUUGAGGACAUUCAGAGGGAUAUGCGCGAGCUCAGAAAGGAUCUUAAAGCCUGCGAGUUGGAGAUGAAGAAGGUCUAUAAGCUGUCGAAGAGUGAACACAUUGAGCCUUUCAAAUCCCACAUGGAAGCCUUCACGCACCAAGCAAAUAUUGACCGUGAAGUUGAAGAGAAGUGUCUACAGGAGACGCAGGCAAGCUUCCUGGACACGGCCGCCUUUUUUUGCUUCAAGCCGAAGUCGGGGGAGAAGGAGGUGACCCCCUCGCAUUUCUUCUCCGUGUGGCUCGAGUUCUGCUCGGAUUUCAAGGAAAACUGGAAGAAGGAGAAUAAAGUGAUCGCCACCGAGCUGUUGAGGAAAGCCAAAGAGAGCGUGAAGCAGAAAAUUGGCGAGAAUAAAGCCAUCACUGCAGAGAAAAAGUCAUCGGGGCUGAAAGCAAAAAUCCACAAGAAGAUGUCACUCCAAUGAGACGUUGACGUCGAGGCUUGACGAUUCCCGGGGUCCCCCCCCCCCCACACACACACACAUACACGAGUCCAUCAUCACCAGCUCCCACAAUACAGGUCAUAUCGCGUUUUGAUUUUACUCGCUAACAAUCCUCGUGAAAUUCCACGUGUAGAACCCGUCCCUGACCACUUGUACUUUUAGUCUCUUUGUCGUGCAAAUCAUUUUAUUUUCGUUAGUUGCGUACGUUUAUCCUGCCCGCCCGUGUCUCUCCUUACCGACGUAAAUAAAACCGUGUUACACUGGCCAAAAGGGGGGUUCCGUGUAAGGGAGACACGACCCAAAAGUAUAUUUCAUGUUAUUUUAUUUUUGUAACCAAACACAACUUUGGUCCACAGCGAUGUGACAGUUCAAAUUUUAAUUUUAAAAAAUGUCACGUUCACCUUUAAAACCCAUUUUAACUGACUCGUGAUUAAAACCUGCGGCGAAGAGUUUGGCAUUGUGCAGUGUAAGCCGACCUCUAUUGGUUUACCUUGGCCACCUCCCAGCAUGGCACUGGGUGCAGUGAUGUCGCUGUGGGGCCGGCUCCCACAAUGCACCAUGCAUUGUGAUGUUACCUCGGUACCACCUCCCACAAUGCACCAUGCAUUGUGAUGUUACCUCAGUACCACCUCCCACAAUGCACCAUGCAUUGUGAUGUUACGGUACCACCUCCCACAAUGCACCAUGCAUUGUGAUGUUACCUCGGUACCACCUCCCACAAUGCACCAUGCAUUGUGAUGUUACCUCAGUACCACCUCCCACAAUGCACCAUGCAUUGUGAUGUUACCUCAGUACCACCUCCCACAGCGCACCGCACAUCGUCAUGUAGCGUUAGUACCUGCUCCCACAAUGCACCGCGCAUUAUGAUGUAACUGUAGUACCACCUCCCAUUGCACCAUACAUCGUCAUGUAACUGACGUACAAUCUCCCACAAUGCACUGUGUGCGUCAUGACCUAGACGUAUUUAAUGGUAUGGAAAUCUACCGCAGUGACAUCGCUCGAGGGCGCUAUUCCAGAACUCAUAAAAGUAACGUGACCACGACUUUCAUUCUUUCUUAUCAUUUGCGAAGAUUAAAAUCUGAUGUGUGACAGCCUGGUACGGAGAGCACAGGUACUAAUUUGUCAAACAAUACCCCUUUGUGUUUGGCUUGUGUCUCCCUUCAGCGAAGGAUGCAAGCGAUAGAGGGCAGGAAGUAGUGUAAAGAGAAACAUGUCUUUUCGCAAACUCGUGUGAGAUUGGGUCAGCCUGUAGGGUAGGGUCAUGUGUACAUACAUUGCAUUGUUAUCAAAAUACUGUAACACUUUCCCAAUUCACAAAUCGUUUAUUGUUACCGUGUGACAUUGAUUUUGUUCUUUUACAGAGGAAUAUUUGGUGGUUUCACCAUGAUUUCACCUUGUCGAACACUUGCGAUUAUUGUGAAUAAGUAUGUAAACACAGUUGAUUGUACAGACGCCAAGUGCAAACUAUGCAAAUGAAAUAUUGCCGCUGAUUUUCCCAGGCUAUUGUCAACCCGAAAUAAACUACUGAGUGCUGUGCCUACAAAUGUAUUACAUAGCCAAAAACAAUUGUAGCUAAAAUCCAAUGGGCCGGUAUGUAAAAUUACUUUAAUAUGGCCUAGCAUUUUAUAUUUAUAGUUGCACCGUGCAUUAUUUCUAUCACUUUGUUAUAUUUACGUCUAUGUAUCUCGAUGCCUUCCUGCGGCGUAUGUUACUCGUCGGAGAUGAAUUAGACGUCGCUCAAUCGAAAUCUCACGUUUACAGCAACGUUACGUUUAGGGUCCUCUCUCGGCAGUGGCUAUGUUGUGUUUGCGAAUGCGGUAUUUAAAUAAAAGCUUAUUAUGUUACCA